AUGAAACACCUCAAAGGAGCUUAUGAUAAGAAGCACAACAAGUGGAAUCACACAUUUGAUGAUGCCCUAACUAAUGCCCUGCAUGGUACCAUCAACACCACCAUCAAAUACAAUGUAAACUACUUGAUUCUCAACAUCAUCAGAGAAUAUCACACUUUCCAUCAAGUCUGGAAGAAGAUUGAGAACAGCCUGACUAACAAAGCUACUGCAAUCUCACAUCAACUCACACUCAUUGCUCAGCUAGGCAACAUCAGGAUGUUCAACUCCAAUGCUCAAAAGCUUAUCCAAGAAAUCAGAUCUAUUCAGAUGGAGAGCAGCCUCCUGGGAAAAUUGUUUGCCAAUGACACUCUGUUCUUGAACCUGCAGAAGUGCACAAUAUGCCACCCCAUGUACAAGGAAACAGUUGCAACCAUCAGUCAGCUCAACUUUAAUGCCCUCACCACUGCUUUGACCAUCUGUCAGUCUGCAAUUGAAAGUAACCCCACCCAGAAGAUAGACCCCUGCCAGGCCAGUGCUAGAAUCACCAGCAGUGACAAUCAGGACAAAUCAGCCAAGACAGACAAGAAGGACAAGAAAGAUGAUGGUUGCACAAGUGUGAGGGUUGCAGCCAGACCCAAAAAGAUCCAAUGCUGGGUGUGCAAGCAAUCUGGACACAGAGCCAGGCAGUGUGAUGCUUCUGUAACCAUUCCCAAGAAUUCUCCUCUCACAAAAGCAGACUAG